AAUAGAUCACUUAUACCAGAGCCAGACAUCACUGGUUUGGCCGACAUUUGCGAUCUCAACAAAUACGACGAGAAGUAUUCAGCGGAAGAUCUGAAGUCUGUUGUGGACACGGCUUUCAAACAGAAGUCACAACAAUUUAAUAAUGAAACGGAACUGCAGUUUGAAAACUACGAGAAUCUGUUGAGUUUGUCAAUAAUGGUGGCCAAACACGGGUCCUGUUCUGGCGGUCUUCCGAUCAAUCUAUUGGCCGACAUCUUUGACUGCCGGACAUUAGAUGAAUGCCAACAACUGUUUAUAUUGAUUGAGAAGAAAGUGGACGUCUGGAAAGAGGAGUGUUUCUUCAAGAACGUGAAGAACCAGUUGUUGAGGUCGUGUAACGAUCUCUUGAGACGCCUUUCCCGCUCUCAGAACACUGUGUUUUGCGGUCGUAUUCUUGUAUUUUUGGCCCGAUUUUUCCCACUCUUCGAGCGCUCGGGUCUGAACUUGAAUUCAGACUUUAAUCACGAAAACGCCACCACU